CGAUUUGGUUUGGAGAUUAGGAUUUUACAUAAUAGAGCACACACUAUGCUUUAAGAUGCUGUGUAGUAGAUUAUACCGGCAUAAACCGUGCCAUUUGUUAAUAACCAGGAACACAAGUACUACAAAUGACGCAAAAUCCAUACAAAUACCGAAUCCUACCAAAAUCAACAGUGACAUGGUCGGACCCCCUGAUCCUGUGUCGAAUUUACGAAAGGUUAUUUACAAACAGCCUGCGAAUGAGACGAAUUUAGAAAAGAGAUACAGGGAGCUCCGGAUGGAUAUACAGAAAUGGAACCACAACUUUUGGACACAACACAAUUCAAGAUUUUUUCAGGAAAGAGAAGAUUAUCUCGAAAAGAACCUACCUGAAGGAAAACAAAACUUGACAGCUGAUGAAAUGAGCGUCUUCUACAAAGCCUUCCUGGACAAGAACUGGAAAACGCACAUUAGUUAUAACAUAGAGUGGUACAAGAAAAAUGUUACUUUGCUAGGCUUAGCCAUACAAGUGAAACUUAGAAGAUUAUUAAGAUUAAAAAGCAAUAAGUAGUUA